CCGAGGACUUGUUGAUCCCGAGUACAGGCAAGAAAGGGCAGCUGGAUCCUUUCCUGCUCGAUCCUACCGAGAAUCACCGGGCAAGUUGAGCAACCUAAGACGACAACUGGGACAUCUCAAAAUGCACACGUGUGUUGCACUGACCGUCGUCGCUCUGGCGAGCACGAUGCACUUUGGUGCGGAGGCAUGGGGCGGUCUCUUUAAUCGUUUCAGCCCGGAAAUGCUGUCGAACCUCGGCUACGGUAGCCAAGGUGACUACAUGAGCAAACCAGGAUUGUAUCAGCGUCCGUUAUCCGCGACUUACGGAAAUUCUUACGGCGAUCCUUUGGAAGAAGUGGAGCCGUGCUAUGACAGGAGGUGCACGACUAACGAGCACUGCUGCCCCGGUUCUGUUUGCGCGAAUGUUAACGGAGUAAUUGGCCACUGUGUGUUCGAAUUGGGCCAGAAACAGGGUGAAUUGUGCAGAAACGAUAACGACUGCGAGACCGGCUUAAUGUGCGCCGAAAUAGCCGGUAGCGAAACUCGUUCGUGUCAGCCACCAGUCACUUCGAACAAACUGUAUAACGAGGAGUGUAACAUAUCCGGGGAGUGCGACAUUAGCCGUGGCUUGUGUUGUCAACUUCAGAGACGUCAUCGACAAACUCCAAGAAAGGUCUGUUCGUACUUCAAGGAUCCUCUGGUAUGCAUCGGACCAGUCGCCACAGAUCAAAUCAAAUCCGUCGUACAGUACACUUCCGGUGAGAAACGAAUCACCGGUCACGGGAAUCGAAUUUUCAAGCGAGUUCCUUUUGCCUAAACGCUUAAUCGUGAAUCAGCGAGAAUGGGGGGGUGUGUCUACGUAAGUCAAAUCCCCCAUUGUCCUUACACAGAAGAAGAAGAAGAAAAGUGUCUAAGAUAAGUCUGUUAAAAUUCGAAAUUUUCCCCAUUGGUUCGAUGUUCCUGAUUCUCCAUAUUGCUCUAACCGAUAGAAAAGGAGAAUUCGGUAACACGCUAAACACGCGUCUUCUAAUUACUUUCCUCCAGAUAUUCACGACUGACGACAAAUACGAUACAUAUCAGAAU